AUGUGCAAAACUCGGGCUGUGUUCUGUCGCAACCGGGGCUGUCGCAAGAUCGUCGGCGAGUUGAUCCUGGUGCCGUGCGAGGAGGCGACGAGACCGACGGACUCUUCGACGAGGAUCACCAACCCAUUACACGACGAAUCCUUAAGUAGCGCCUGCGGAUCGGAAGAGGCAGAAACGAAUGGGGAGGAGGAGUGGCUCGCGAAGGCUCGACCGUACCUCUUUGGCUGCGGAUACAAAGACUAUACGGAACGGCACCGAUGCGGGUAUCGGGUCUGCAAUGGCUGUUUCCAGCGGCAGAUGAUGGCGUACAUCAUGAGGCUUGCGGUGAAUGGGAUAGAGAGCGAGGACGGGGAGCCGUCGCUGCUUGCUAGGAGGCAGUACCUCAGCUUGUAUGGAGAUCUCGGGGAAGAAGAAUGCCAAACACCACGUGAGGCAUGUGUACAAGAUACGGCAUGGUCGCCAGGCUAUCCUGCCAUGCUGGACGAGAGCAUGGUCAAGGUUGAAGACCCGGGACUCCUUGUCAAUUCAGCUCCUGUGGCUUAUCGAGCGACCCCCGGGAUGAUGGACGAUAUCUACGAUGGCCCGUUUAUCGAUGGUGGUCAAUUUCAGCCUGCCCCAGCUCAACUGCAGCAACAAGCCUUGUAUCCGGGCCAGGCUGAGCCGUGUCCUUACCAAGACCCAGCGCCGAGUUUUCAACCAACUAGCUUGGAGGAUCCUGGUAUGUUCGCCAUAGAUCCUCAACUGCUCGAUUGGCGGCAGAGCGAGCCUCAAUUGUUGGACUUUCUCAUGCAGCCGGCCGCGGCGCCUGUUGAAGCAGCACCAACCGGGGACCCAGGUUCAUGUGUAGAGGAUGUGAGAGGCGCUGCGAGUGCGGAUAUCUUGAAGUGGGAGGCCAAUGUUGAAGCCCAGGCAGGUGGCCAUGACUCUGCGUUUACACACUCGCUUGAGGAGGCCGUCAGCGGCGUGGAUGUGGGGAGUCAUAUGUGGAAUCAGGAAUUGGUUUGGGGCGCAAGCGGAUAUUAUUCAUGA